CGCUCUUUUUAUUUUGUUCGUUCGUCGGUUCGCUUGGUAAUAAAACGAUAAUAAAAAGAAAGAAACGGAAAGGAUGCCCGGUUCCGAGCGUGUGGCGGAGGAGGAAUGAGUAGUGCCGGGGUUUUCCCUAACCCAAAGUUUCCCUGGAGGCGGGAGGAGCGGCGGCAGCGGCACCGCGACCGUCCCGUCCGAGCCGGGCGGAGAGAGGGACCGGGGGCUGGAGCAGAGGGAAGUCGGCGCAGCAAAGCUUGCUUUGCUGGGCUGUGGAAGCAGAGGAUAUAGAAUCAUAUAGAGAUGCAUAUUGCUGUUUGAAGGUAAUUCUGGCAGGGAUUCGGUUUAGUUUCCGUCUUGCUUCCGCACCCAGAAGUGCCGGGAAGAACAAACAACGCAGAAAAUACUCUGCGAUUGUUCAGUUGAUGUUAUCUGGUGUCAGAUGUGUUGGAGUGGAAAUGUAGUGGCAGGUGUUGAAGGGAAGAAAUGAGCUGGAAUGGUCAUUUCUGUGGUGGCAGGGGCAAUGUAUCGUUCCUCUGUAUGGCGAGAGUGUUACUGGUAUUACUUGUUGUAAGAACUGACAUAUUUUAAGUGUGUUUCUUAAUGGCACCAAGGACCUCAAAGCUGUUUGUAGAACACCUUGGCUUUAAAAAUUUGGAGUUUUUACCGGCACAAAUUAAAACUUGGCUUGGCUCAUGUAAAUAAAAGCGAGUCAGGGAGAGCUCUGCUGCACUCCAGCAAGGUGAUCAUGAUUUUAUCAAGGCAGCCCUGAGGGGAACAGUGACAUACUGGGAGCACCGUGAGAGAGAGCAAAAGCUAAAUAAAAGCAAAACUUAUGCAACCGAAGUGUUGCAAUGGGAAUAAAUCAGACCUUUCAAGUUUAUUUUUCUUGGGGAUUUGGGCGAGGAGGUGGAGAUGAGCUUCUAAAAAGUGAAUAAGCACACGAGCCAGGCACAUGUGUGGCAACAGGUCUCGUUUUGCCAUGCAGAGGGUGAGCUGAGCCUGGUGAGUGCCUGAGCCAAGCUUUUCCAGUCGCAGCCGGGGCAGUGGCUGCUCCUGCAGACGAGCCUUGGAUCCGGAGCUGGUGGCCCCGAUUCCUCCCACUGCCGGGCUGGCGAGCAGCUCUCCCCAAAACACGGGGUGGAUGGUGGAAUAAACACGGUGAUUCAAAGAGGAUUUGUCAAUACUAAAAAUAAACAGGCCCGCAGAUGUGUCCUAGAGGGUCAUGUCCAGGCACCGGCAUUUUCGGGGCCAAUGAGCCGAUUUCGGCGAUUUUCCGUCUGUGUGUCCUGUCCAAGGUGCUGAAGUUCAUUUUGCUGCAAUUUCCCGGGAUUUCGGGGUUGGGCAGAAGUGCUCUUGGAGGCUUCCUGUUGUCUUAAAUCGGCGAGGGGGUUCCCCCCCGGGUGGCAUGAAGAAAAAGCAGGGAUGUGUUUUCAGACACGUAUAUUUGAUCCGUGCUCUUGGCGUGGGGAAGCAGACCAGGUGGAGACGCAGAUGGAUCCGGCAGAUCCCAUAAGCUUGUGGUGGCAGAGAAUUGGAAAGGUCAGAGCUGUGAGGCAGUGAGGAGUGAAACCCUCUUAUUCGAAUGGACCAAGAAAGUGGUGGUUUUGGAAGUGUUACUUCUGCUGGUUUGAGUGCAUUGACAUGAUGAGACUCUGUUCCAAAAAAGUUGAGGGGAGCCAAGCGUCAGGGUGGGAUGGGAAUGAUACAGCUGGAUUUGUAGUUAUGUCCAUUGGUUUUGUUAAUGUUUUUUUAAUCUGGUGUAGCCUUUUCAAGUGGCAAAUGUGGUUGACAGAGAGCUUCAGAGACAGAGGGUCCUUAAUAAAAAAUAUAAUGUCUUUUUGGGGCAAAUGUUUCAACAUGUAAGCAUGGAAGUUGUGGUAUUUUUAGACUAAUGUGCCAAAAGCUCUCAGCCUUGAGUAGUGGAGUUUAUGUAGCUUUGGUAGGGGGCAGAUCACAGUUUUGCCAGAAAUAAUCACAGAUUAAUAUUUUACUGAACUUGCUCAUGAACUGGAGUUGGAUGUUGUAACAUGGUUUUUCUCAGCUCUUGCCGCUCGCUCUGAAUCAUCCACAGAGCAGCUUUGCUCUUCUGUCUGAGGUUCUGAGGGUUUUACAAGCAUGAAGGGUCAGCUUCUAAAGCCAGAGUUCUCACACAGAAGUGGUUUGUGCUGCAAGGAGCCCUGCAGAUUUAAAGCGUGCCAGGGCUCUGUACAGUGAGGCAGAACGGAUCCUGUUUCAUGCCCUCAAUCAUUCGUCAGAGGUCACAAAGGUAUUCAGUUGCAUCAUUGGGUAUGUAGCCUAAAUACCUUGACCAUGAAGGGGGUAUGUAGACCACGAGACUUUGUGACUCUGAAUGACAGCUCAUGGGUACAGACUUUAAAACUGCAACAGAGUUGAGAGCAUUUUAUUCCUGGCUUUAACCAGAAAGUGGCCUCAGUUCUUGCUGUGAUGGACUAACACCUGUGGCAUCAGCUAGUGCCUCCCAGGACCCUUACAUGUGACAGGAGAAGCUGUUUCCACUACUAGGAGUAAAGACCAGUAAAGACAAAGCAGGAUGAAAAGAUGGCUGACUUCUUGUUACCACCGGGUACUAACAGCUUCCACCGGUUCACGCCCGAGUCCUUGGCUGCCAUCGAGAAGCGAAUUGCAGAGAAGCUCGCCAGGAAUGCCAAGCAGGAAUACAGAGAGCAGCUGGGCGAGGAAGAGAAACCUCAGCCUCAGUUUGACUUGCAAGCUUGCAAGAAGCUGCCUGAUAUCUAUGGGACUGUUUCUCCAGAGCUCAUUGGGGAGCCCUUGGAGGACAUUGACCCUUUCUACAAUGACCGUAAGACAUUUAUAGUACUGAACAAAGGGAAGACAAUCUUUCGAUUUAGUGCCACUCCUGCCUUGUAUAUACUUAGUCCUUUCCAUCCAAUCAGAAGAGCAGCAAUUAAAAUUUUGGUACAUUCAUUGUUCAGUAUGUUUAUCAUGUGCACUAUUUUAACUAAUUGUGUGUUCAUGGCACAAUCAGAGACUCCGUCAUGGAAUAAAUAUGUUGAGUACACUUUCACUGGCAUUUACACUUUUGAGUCAUUGAUAAAAAUAUUAGCAAGAGGAUUUUGCAUGACAGAAUUCACCUUCCUUCGGGAUCCAUGGAACUGGCUGGAUUUCAGUGUUAUUGUUAUGGCAUACAUAACUGAAUUUGUGGACCUGGGCAAUGUCUCAGCCUUACGAACGUUCAGAGUACUGCGGGCGCUGAAAACAAUCUCAGUCAUUUCAGGGCUGAAGACCAUUGUAGGGGCACUUAUCCAGUCUGUUAAGAAACUUGCAGACGUGAUGAUCCUGACCGUUUUCUGCUUGAGUGUCUUUGCCCUCAUAGGCCUCCAGCUCUUCAUGGGCAACCUGAGACACAAAUGUGUCAGGGAUUACACCAUGUUCAACUUCACCAAUGGCUCCUUGUACUUGGAUGGUAGGACGUGGAACAACUCAGAGGAAUUUCUUAGUGAUCCAGUGAACUAUUUCAUAAAAAACGGUACAGAAGAUGUGUUACUGUGUGGCAACAGCACUGAUGCUGGCACGUGCCCUGAGGGAUAUAUAUGUCUGAAGGCUGGGGAAAAUCCUGACCAUGGUUACACAAGCUUUGAUACUUUUGGCUGGGCCUUUCUCUCCUUGUUCCGUCUUAUGACCCAAGAUUACUGGGAGCGUCUUUACCAACAGACUCUCAGAUCUGCUGGGAAGAUCUACAUGCUUUUUUUCAUGCUGGUUAUCUUUCUGGGCUCGUUUUACCUGAUCAACCUGAUUCUGGCUGUUGUGGCCAUGGCAUAUGAGGAGCAGAACCAAGCCACUAUUGCUGAAACAGAGGAGAAGGAAAGAAAGUUUCGGGAAGCCAUGGAGAUGUUGAAGAAAGAGCAGGAGGCAUUAGCAGCUAAAGGAAUUGAUUCAAUGUCACUCAGCUCAUUGGAAAUGUCACCUAAAAGCGCAAAAGAAAGAAGAAAUAAGAGAAAGAAAAAGAAAUCUUUGGGGACAGACGAGUAUGGGGAAGACCAAAGGAAUCCCAAGUGUGACUAUGAUGAUGGUCAAAGGAGGAUGACUCUCCUUGGCAUUAGUUAUGGUCCCAGUGCAAACUUGGUGAAGCGCAGAACGAGCCACGGAAGCGUUUUCAGUUUCCGACUCCGUGGCAGAGACACUUGCUCCGAGACAGAUUUUGCCGAUGAUGAGAUCAGCAUCGCUGGGGAAAAUGAAAGCCACCGGGGCUCUCUCUUAAUUCCAAGAUCUGGGAGGCGUCCAAGUGUGCAAAGUCAAGUGAGCCAUAGUUCUCACCCUACCACUCCCAACUACACCCAGACGGGCAAAAGGAACAGCUCAGUGGAUUGCAAUGGUGUGGUUUCCCUGAUAGGAGGAGGCACCGGGGCACUCCACCCAGACCCUACUUCUCCUGCAGGGUUACUGCUCCCCCCAGUUAUUAUGGAAAAGCCUGGGACAGGCGACCUGACCUCCCCCUCGGACGAGGCAAGCAAGAAACAGCUUUUAAUGCCCCACCGGCCCUCCGUGGACCACUCAGAUGAGCCCUUUCAGAGGCAGAGGGCAGUGAGUGCUGUCAGCAUCAUCACCAGUGCCCUGGAAGAGCUUGAGGAAUCACACCAGAAAUGUCCUCCCUGCUGGAACCACUUUGCUGUUAAAUUCCUCAUUUGGGAUUGCUGCCCACUUUGGCUUUUAAUCAAGAAAUUUGUCAAGUUUGUGGUAAUGGACCCGUUCACCGACCUCACCAUCACCCUGUGCAUUGUGCUGAACACGCUCUUCAUGGCCCUGGAGCAUUACAAGAUGACCAAGGAGUUUGAGCACAUGCUGUACAUAGGCAAUUUGGUCUUCACUGGGAUUUUUACAGCAGAAAUGAUCUUCAAAGUAAUUGCCCUUGACCCCUACUACUAUUUCCAACAGGGCUGGAAUAUUUUUGACAGCAUAAUUGUUAUUCUAAGCCUGAUGGAACUGGGUUUGUCCAGCAUGGGAAACCUGUCUGUUUUACGCUCCUUUCGACUGCUGCGAGUCUUCAAGUUGGCAAAGUCCUGGCCGACCUUAAACACGCUCAUUAAAAUCAUUGGUAACUCAGUGGGUGCCCUCGGUAACCUCACUCUCGUGCUGGCCAUCAUCGUCUUCAUUUUUGCCGUGGUAGGAAUGCAGCUUUUUGGGAAAAGCUACUUGGACAACGUGAAGAAGAUAAGCACCACUGGCAAUCUGCCACGGUGGCACAUGAACGACUUCUUCCACUCGUUCCUCAUCAUCUUCCGAAUUUUGUGUGGAGAGUGGAUCGAGACCAUGUGGGACUGCAUGGAAGUAGCUGGGCAGCCACUGUGCCUUCUGGUCUUCUUGUUGGUCAUGGUGAUAGGAAACCUGGUGGUGCUCAACCUGUUCCUUGCCUUGCUGCUGAGCUCCUUCAGCGCCGACAACCUCUCGGCCCCGGACGAGGACGGCGAGAUGAACAACCUGCAGCUCGCCUUCGCCCGCAUCAACAGGGGCCUGCAGUACGCCAAAAAAGCCGCCUGGAACUUCUGCUGCCACGUCCUCCGGCACCCCAAGACCACAGCUGAGAAGAAGGCCAUGAUGAAACUCGCUGCCCAGAACCCAGGAGCCCUCAACAACUGCGUGAACAGCCACGCCACCGCCGAGCUCGGCAAAGACAUGGAGAACCACAAGGAGAAUCGUGCUGAGGAUGGGGUCAAUAAGAGUGGAGAGAAACACCCAGCAAUUACAGAUGAUGAUUUUAUGACCAAUCCUGACCUGUCCAUUUGUGUUCCUAUUGCUGUGGGUGAGUCGGAUAUUGAGGAGGAGGAUGAGGAGCAGAGCACCUUUACGGAAAUGGAGCAGCAGGAAAAGCAGCUGCAGCUGAGGGGGCAGCGAUGCCAAAGCCCAGGCGUCCGGAGUCAGAGCUCUGAGAUUUAUGAAGAGUUAAGUGAGUUGCACGUGGAUAAGCAGUUGAAGGCUGAGCCACCACCUCCAGUAGGGCAAAAAGAGCUUGAUGAAAUCAGUCUUUCUGAAGGCAGCACAGUGGAUUUGACAAAUCCUGCAGAACUGCUGGAGCAGAUCCCCGAGUUUGCUGAGGAGCUGAUGGAGCCUGAAGAUUGCUUCCCUGAAGUCUGUGUGAGAUUCUUCCCAUGCUGUUCAGUGGACAUCACAAAAUUUCCAGGCAAAAUUUGGUGGAGGCUGCGAAAGACCUGCUACAGAAUCGUGGAGCACAACUGGUUUGAAACAUUCAUCAUCUUCAUGAUCCUGCUGAGCAGUGGAGCCCUGGCCUUUGAAGAUAUUUACCUUGAAGAUCGAAAAAACAUAAAAACCAUGCUGGAAUAUGCUGACAAAGUAUUCACUUACAUCUUUGUUCUGGAGAUGCUCCUCAAGUGGGUGGCUUAUGGCUUCAAGAAGUAUUUCACCAACACCUGGUGCUGGCUGGACUUCCUCAUUGUGGAUGUCUCUUUAAUCAGCCUGGUUGCCAACACUCUUGGAUACUCCGAGAUGGGACCCAUCAAAUCCCUCCGGACCCUCCGUGCCCUGCGGCCACUGAGAGCCUUGUCACGGUUUGAGGGGAUGAGGGUGGUGGUCAAUGCCCUUGUGGGAGCCAUCCCCUCCAUCAUGAAUGUUCUGCUCGUCUGCCUCAUCUUCUGGCUCAUCUUCAGCAUCAUGGGAGUGAACCUCUUUGCUGGGAAGUUUGGGAAGUGCAUUAAUAAGACAGAAGGAGAUAUGCCUUUGGACUCUAAAAUUAUUAACAACAUGAGUGACUGCAUACUUUACAACGUGUCAGGCACGUUUUACUGGACAAAGGUUAAAGUUAACUUCGAUAAUGUUGGUGCUGGGUACCUGGCUCUGCUGCAAGUGGCCACAUUUAAAGGCUGGAUGGAUAUUAUGUAUGCAGCAGUGGAUUCAAGAGAGUGCGAGGAGCAGCCUGAAUGGGAAUGUAAUUUAUACAUGUACCUUUACUUUGUGAUUUUCAUCAUCUUCGGGUCUUUCUUCACAUUGAACCUCUUCAUUGGUGUCAUCAUUGACAAUUUUAACCAACAAAAGAAAAAGUUAGGUGGCCAGGACAUCUUCAUGACAGAAGAACAGAAAAAAUAUUACAAUGCAAUGAAAAAGCUGGGAUCUAAGAAACCUCAAAAGCCAAUCCCAAGGCCACUGAACAAAUACCAAGGUUUUAUUUUCGAUGUCGUCUCAAAACAAGCCUUCGAUGUCUCCAUCAUGAUUCUCAUCUGCCUUAACAUGGUUACCAUGAUGGUGGAAACAGAUGACCAAAGUCAAGAAAAAGUGAACAUCCUCCACAAGAUCAAUAUGCUUUUUGUUGCCAUCUUCACUGGGGAGUGCAUCUUCAAAAUGCUGGCUCUGCGACACUACUACUUCACCAACGGCUGGAACAUUUUUGACUUUGUGGUUGUGAUUCUGUCCAUCGUAGGCACCGUACUUUCUGACAUCAUCCAGAAAUAUUUCUUCUCCCCCACACUCUUCAGAGUCAUUCGUUUGGCUCGGAUUGGCCGGAUCCUGAGACUCAUCCGGGGAGCCAAAGGAAUUCGAACUCUCCUGUUUGCCUUAAUGAUGUCCCUUCCCGCUCUGUUCAACAUUGGCCUCUUGCUGUUUCUGGUCAUGUUCAUUUAUGCCAUUUUUGGCAUGGCUAACUUUGCCUAUGUGAAGAAGGAGUAUGGGAUUGAUGACAUGUUCAACUUCCAAACCUUUGCUAACAGCAUGCUCUGUCUCUUCCAAAUCACCACGUCAGCUGGCUGGGAUGGUCUCCUCAACCCCAUUUUAAACACUGGACCACCAUAUUGCGACCCAAACCUUCCCAAUGCAAAUGGCUCAAAGGGAGACUGCGGGAGCCCUGCCGUAGGGAUUUUAUUCUUUGUCACAUAUAUCAUUAUAUCAUUUCUCAUUGUUGUAAACAUGUAUAUAGCCAUUAUUUUAGAGAACUUCAGUGUAGCCACUGAGGAAAGUACAGAGCCUCUAAGCGAGGAUGAUUUUGAUAUGUUCUAUGAAAUCUGGGAGAAGUUUGACCCCGAAGCCACUCAGUUUAUUGAGUAUUCUGCACUUUCAGACUUUGCAGACGCGCUGUCAGAACCUUUGCGCAUAGCGAAACCAAACAAAAUCAAACUCAUAGCGAUGGACCUGCCCAUGGUCAGCGGGGACAGGAUCCAUUGCUUGGAUAUUUUGUUUGCUUUUACAAAAAGGGUGCUAGGAGAAUCCGGGGAGAUGGAUGCCCUUAAAAUACAGAUGGAAGAGAAGUUCAUGGCAGCCAAUCCCUCCAAGAUCUCCUACGAGCCGAUUACAACGACGCUCAGGCGGAAACAAGAGGAGGUCUCCGCCAUCGUCAUCCAGAGGGCCUACAGGAGACAUUUGUUCCGGCGCUCCAUGAAGCAGGCAUCCUACUUGUACCGGCACAGAACUUUGGAGAGCAGCAUCCUGGAGGACGAUGCGCCCGAGAAGGAGGGUCUCAUUGCGUUCAUGAUGAAUGAAAACUACGGCAGGCCCAUAGACAAAUCAGAAACUCUGUCCUCCACCUCUUUCCCUCCCUCCUACGACAGCGUCACCAGAGGCACGAGUGAAAACCUCCAGCUGAAGAUAACGGACAUGAGCAAAAGCGAUGAGGCUAUAGAUUGUCUUCUCUCACCCGACAAGGAUAAAGAAUCAAUUGUUUAAAUGUUUGUUUAGAAUGCUUUAAAACAUUGUUUACAGAAUGUAAUGCUGUAACUACACAACGAUUGAAGCAGCCUUCUUAUUAAAAAUUAGUUGCAAAAGAAACAGUGAAGUUUUUACCCUUAACUACAGGAGUCUAAUAAGUCAUAUAACAUUUGACCCUGCUCUUUUUGACUUGGCUCAAUAUUUAUAUUUAUAUAUGCACAGGAAGAUUCUCUGCAGGGUCAUAGCUGUUAUAUCAGUGGUGUGAAUAAGAAUAGGCUAGACUGUAAAACAGUAAACACAGUGUAUAUCUAUCCACAGAUAAAGCCUGGCUGUAUACAUUCAUUUAAGGUCUUACUCAUAUUAGUGUGUUUACUUAUGGCGAUGUAUGACCUUGCAUUCUAAAAAGAAAAAAAAAAAAUCACAGCUGCUGUAGCAAAAUGUAACACUUACUGUAUAUGUUGUGAAUGGUCUUUCAUAAAUUUAUUAUAUUUGAUAUUUUUUUACUUAAAAAAAAAGAAGUCUCUUUUUCCAUGGAGAUUAAUGAUCCUUACACUCUUCAUGAUGAACUCUGAGUCAAGGUAAUAGAAACUUGCAGGAUCCCCAUCACUUGAAGAGGAAAGUUGUUGAUAAUUAAAGUAUCAAAUUAGCAACAUUUAAACUGUUGAUUACACCAAGCCCUCCCUCUUGGGACUUGCAACUGCACAUCAGCAGAAACACACACACACACACAAAAAAAAAAAACCAAAAAAAAAAAACCAACAACAAAAAACAGAGAAGCAAAUGAUGUCAAAAUAGUGAGAGAAAUGGCUUGUUCUAUCCUUCAGGAAACUAGACAAUAAUGGAUUCUGUUUGUAAAACUGUUAAUAAAAGCACUAAUUUUUUAGUAUGUUUCAAGAAUCUGCUUUGAAAUCCGCAAUCAAACUCGCCAUAGAAGUAGCGCAUCACGUUUGUGUGUAGUGAUCCAAAGCACCAUCUAGGCUGGCAAAGUUUCUGUUAAGGUAGUGGGAUAGGUUACAUUUUCCCCAGGAACACUGAGCUAAACAGCCUUAUUUGGAGCUCGGUGCAUCAAUAUUACUGAAAAAAAAUUUACAAAUACUACUAGUGGUAAUAAAUCAAUGCCAACUGGGCCGUGCAGAACAGCUGUGACAGUGUGAUCAAGAAGGUGGGAGGGGAAUUACCUCUGGAUCUGUACACAAAUUUUGAGGGUUUGAAUCCUUUUUACUCAAGGUCCAUCUUUCAUUUUCUCAGAUAGUAUGGUUAGAUUUCUGGGGAAGGACAAGAAAUACAGGAACUGAUUACAAGGAUCUACUAGAUAACAGCUAUAUCCUCAUUCCUGUAGGCAAAGGAAUAUUUACAGUUGAUGUGUCCUUCAGCUUCAGGCCAAAGAAAUGACAAUGCAGUGAAAGGUGGAUGUGUGGCUGUAGAAAAGUAUUAGAGGUUUUUACAUGCUAACAUAGAUUAUUAUUUAUUAUCUUUCAGCCUCGAUAGAAUGUGAGAAAUUAUUUAUGGAAUAUAGAGACAUGUCCAUCAUUACAGACAAGUUCUUUCUUUUUCACCUUCAGACUGAUUGUACUUGGGUUUGGUUGGACUUCAUGGAAAAUCUUGAGAUUUCUGUAAUGAGCCAUUGCACUUUAAAGGAAGAGUAAUUGUGCUUUUUCACCUUGGAGAAGCAAAGAUAUCAAGAAUGUAUUUAAGGGGUAUUGUCAUUAACAUUUAGUUACAUCCCAGGUUGUGAAGGAGUCAAAAAACCACAUGGGGUUGGCAACAAAAAUUAAAGCAACACGUUACAGUCAAGUUUAUCUAUGGCCAUUGUUAUCUGUCCUCUAAACAAGUCAGAAUAUGUACGACAAUAUGUCAAAAGGAUGACAAUGUAUCUGUGUAAAUAUGGGCUAAUAUAUUCUCUCCAUUCAUUGAGAGGUGUCUCAGGCAUUCACUUGAGAGUGGUCUAUCGGUUAAUUCAGAGGAUUUGCCAUCAGGAUUCCUGGGGUCUAUUCCUGAUUCUUACUACAUGAUUUUUAGGCAAAUAAUUUAACCUAUCUGUGCCUCAGUUUACCCAUCUGUAAAAUGGGAAUAAUAAUACUUACCUACCUCACAAGGGUGUUGUAAGACUUUCUGAUUGCAAAGUGCUAUAAGGGAAUGAACCAUACUAUAUAAGUAUUAUUAUAAUCAUGCUCUCUUGCCCUUUUAACCCCAUGUCUAUGGUGUAUAACAUAGGGCUGUUCCUCUGGGCAUUUUGUUGCCUUUAAAUCUUGUAUGUAAUUAGAUUCUAACUUAAGGGGACUACUCGUCGUUCCUUGAAGUAAAAACAUUCUUUAUUCCUUCCCCCCUCCCACUCCUCACCUCCCCCAAAAACUCAGAAUUGCUCAAGGCUUCUCAAAUUAGAGAAACUUUAUAUUCCCUGUGUAUUUAUGCUGUAAUGUUAUUCCGACUGUACAUAUCACCCAGAAAGAGUAUGCGAUUUUUAUAUUUAUAUGCAUAUAUAUAUACACACACACACAUACGUAUAUCUAUACAUAUAUAUGUAUCUUGUGAGUUUAUAGAGUGGCUGACACUCGGAGGACACGACUUACUGAUUAAAAUGUUUUCUCCUCAAUGGGAUUUAUCGAUCAUUAGCAACAAGCUGCUGCCUAUAAUGAAACUGUUUAAUUAGAAAAUAGUACAUUCAUUACUUGCUGAACAAGCAUUUAUUGGCUGACAAGUAGCAAAAUUAUUUUCCUUUCAAAGCUUUAGACUAAAAAAAAAAAAAAAAGAGGGAAAAAUGCUAAGGAAAAAGGAGCAUUUCUCAUGUGAUUUUUUUUCAUGUAUGAUGUAAACUGUCUGAAACCCAAGGAAAACGCCAGCCUGCACUCAGAAGUGAGUUGUUGGUUAUGCUGCUUUAACAAUAUUUUAAAUAUUUGCAACUUAUAUUAAAAAAGAUUCAACCACUGUUUUUAUUAAGAGUCAGGCCCAGUAAUGAACGGAAUGUAAAGAGACAAUUAGCUGAUCACUGAUUUUAUUAGAGAAGAGCUCUUCCUUUGGUCAUUUCACCCUUGAGUUGAACAUUUUAGUGUCAUUGCUGUGAGACCCUAUAGUACUGAUGCAAUUACAAAUGGUUCUUUUACCCAAAACCUCUAUUUAAAAAAAAAGAAGUAAUGCAAAAAAAAUCUGAAAGAGGGUCUUAACUCUAGAUGUUUACAGUGCAACUUUCUAAAACUGAAUUGUAAAUUACUUUCAAAAACCUUUGUAACUGGAAGGUCGGUUUUCUAUUGGGUUUUCUAUUGUUCUGUGGUGUGUUUCUUUAGAGAUGAAGAGGGAAUGGUAUCUUUGUAUGGUAUGCAGAACUCCCCUCAAAAAUGUCAAAUAAGCUCUUUGUUACUGGAGAUGCCGAUCCGAAUCGAGCCAUGAUACAACCUCCCAGUGCAGUGAUUUAGUUUAAGACACAAACUCAAUAGUUGGCCCACACUGUCUCUAAGCAUGGUGAGUGCUACCAUUUUAUUCUGUUGAUUUGUUCAAUAAAGGCUACCACAUGAAUCACUCAAGCUACAAAAAGAGCAAGGAAAAUAUCAGCCAAUAUCAUAGGACAUAUUAAGCUGUUUGUACCUGGAAAAAUUCAAGUUUAUUAUGUUUCUUUAUUAAAUAAAUAAGGAUAACAAAUA